AUGGCUGAGGACUGUCUGAUAUCCUUAGACGGCGUCUAUCUCUUCACUCUCUGUGGCAUGAAGAGAAAGCUGGGCCGGAGCAGUAAGCCCUUAAGCCUUCUUAGACAGUCAACUCUCAUUAAUUAGAGAAGGAGAAAUAAAUCAGACCAACCGGACAGUGUGAAUGGAUGGGACGGCAGUAACUCCCUCAGCCAAUGGCUGGACUGUGAUUACCCCUGGUCUCUCCCCCUGGUGGUCAGUCACUGAGGAGGGGAUGCGUAUCUGCUGUCUGUCAGAGUGUGGAGAGGAAUAGGGACAUCCCGUAUCUUCUACUGUAGAACUUCUGCCUUAUCUUUACUGUGUGGUGUGUUUUCCCUGGUGCUCCUGAGGGUGUGUGUGUGUUUUCCCUGGUGCUCCUGAGGGUGUGUGUGUGUGUGUGUGUUUUCCCUGGUGCUCCUGAGGGUGUGUGUGUGUGUGUGUUUUCCCUGGUGCUCCUGAGGGUGUGUGUGUGUUUUCCCUGGUGCUCCUGAGGGUGUUUGUGUUUUCCCUGGUGCUCACUGAGGGUGUGUGUGGUGUUUUACCCUGGUGCUUCCUGAGGUGUGUGUGUGUUUUCCCUGGUGCUCCUGAGGGUGUGUGUGUGUUUUCCCUGGUGCUCCUGAGGGUGUAUGUGGUUUCCUGGUUGCUCCUGAGGGUGUUUGUGUUUUCCAUGGUGCUCUGAGGGUGUGUGUGUGUUUUCCCCCUGGUGCAUCCUGAGGGUGUGUUGUGUGUGGUGUGUUUUCCCUGGUGCUCCUGAGGGGUGUGUGUGUGUGUUUUCACUGGGUGCUCCUGAGGGUGUGUGUGUGUUUUCCCUGGUGCUCCUGAGGGUGUGUGUGUGUGUGUGUGUUUUCCCUGGUGCUCCUGAGGGUCGUGUGUGUGUGUUUUCCCUGGUGCUCUGAGGGUGUUGUGUGUGUGUGUUUUCCCUGGUGCUCCUGAGGGCGGUGUGUUGGUGUGUUUUCCCUGGUGCUCCUGAGGGUGUGUGUGUGUGUGUGUUUUCCCUGGUGCUCCUGAGGGUGUGUGUGUGUGUGUUUUCCCUGGUGCUCCUGAGGGUGUGUGUGUGUGUGUUUUCCCUGGUGCUCCUGAGGGUGUGUGUGUGUGUGUUUUCCCUGGUGCUCCUGAGGGUGUGUGUUUUGGGGUGUUUUCCCUGGUGCUCAUGAGGGUGUGUGUUGUGUGUUUUUCCCUGGUGCUCCUGAGGGUGUGUGUGGUGUUUUCCUGGUGCUCCUGAGGGUGUGUGUGUGUUUUCCCUGGUGCUCCUGAGGGUGUGUGUGUGUUUUCCCUGGUGCUCCUGAGGUGAGCCAUGAGACAGGAAUAGGGAGGGGCCUAUUGUGCUGUUGACUUUUGGAGCUUUAUACUGAGAGCGUGAUUCCUGGAUUUUUGAACGUACGGUGUGUUUACACAGCAUGUUUGCAGAAUGUAAAUUGAAUGAGAGGUGUUUUGAAACAGAAAGAGAAGCAGAGAGUGUAUGUUAGAGAGAGAGGGAGAGAGAGUUUUCAGUGGAAAUAGUAAUGUAGUUAGAUCUAUUAUUUAUCCUCUGUGACAUAGAUAUUUCCAAGUGGGGAAGUUCAGCAAUUAGCUAACCUCAACUGUUUACAGAUAAACAUGUGUUCCUCCUUUUUAUGCCAGGGCAUCUAGUCAACUAUUUCUUCCUGGGGCCUGACCCUGCAUCUUUCUCUGAUUUACUGACUGUACUGUGUGGUAUGCAGGCAGAGUUAUCAGAGCCUCUACAAGAUCAUUUUGACACUGUCAGACUCUUAGCAGUAUUCAUCUCCCCUUCUCUCCCGUUCUUUCAUUGAUUUAUAUCUCAUUCUCUCUUAUUUUCUCUCUGGACAGACCCAGGAAGCUCUUGAAGACUCGGAGGGUCUCCAGAACCCAGAGGGAUUAGGAUUAGAGGUGGAAGACGGGGAUUUGGGUGCCGGUGACCCCCAGGACUGGAGCGAGGAAGGGGGGAGGACAGGGGGUGGUGGGGGUGACAUUACCACGUCGGAGGAAUACUUUGACUCGCGGUCGUGGCACAGUGACACUCUGUGUGACACGCUGUCGGACCUAAGCCCGGACAGCAGCGAGGACUCUCUGUCUGCCUUACUGGGGGUGGAGGACGUACACACGGGAUGGAGACUGGAGAACAGCAGCUACCACACUGCUGGGAACUGUAGAGCCAGACGCACAGCAGAGAGGAGCCAGCACAGCCACCGCACAGAGAACACAGAGACUGACGUACGCAGACCCAGCACAGAGAAACACAACCAGCCCAGCACAGAGAAACACAACCAGCCCAGCAUAGAGAAACACAACCAGCCCAGCAUAGAGAAACACAACCAGCCCAGCAUAGAGACAGCACAGAGUCAGCCUUGCAACACAGAGAAGAAGCGACACAAUCACAGGACAGAAACCCAGCACAGCACAGAGUUGCACAAUCAGCUCAGCACAGAGAUACACUGUACAGAGAUACAGAACCAGUCCAGCACAGAGAUACAUAAAACAGAAGUAACGACCCAGCACAACCCAGGGAAAGUCAGCACAGAGGUUCAUAUCACUGAAAUCACAGGUAAUCAGAAUGCACUAACAUUAGUACUCCACACAGAGUCAAACAAACCGAAUAACCCAGACAGACACAACAUCGACAUUGCACAAAGCACAGAAACAUUUGCACAGAGAAACAGCACAGAGGAAACUAGUAGAGAGACACGGACGCAGAGCAGCACAGAGAAACAGAGCACAGGGUUAGAAAACACAGCUAGAACAGAGAAACAGAGCACAGGGUUAGAAAACACAGCUAGAACAGAGAAACAGAGCACAGGGUUAGAAAACACAGCUAGAACAGAGAAACAGAGCACAGGCACUAAAUGCACAGGGAUAUGUAAACAACAUAACAUAGAUAUACAAAGUAUAGAUCUGCUGUCCACUCUACACAGUGUAGAGAAACAUAAUUCACAAAUACACAACAGUCACCUAGAGCAGGUAAGCCUUGCCAGACAGAAUACAUCUAGUGCAUAUGGAAAGGAGACAAACAGUCAGCACUGUUCAGAGACACACUGCAUAGACACACACAACACAACAGACACACCGCUUUGGACAUAUCUGGCACACAUGUGACACUUUGCACAGAUACACCCAACACACUCAAAGCAGAGACACACUGUAGGCUCACACACAACAGUCACAGCUCAGACAUACACUUAUCUGACACACAAAGUGAACUUAUUCCGGAACAUCCCGCAACAGACACACAUGCUACAGAAACACACACCACAGAGACAAUCUGUACGGACACACAACUCACAGAAAGGAGUAGCACACCCAACACAGAAACAGAGAGGAGUAGCACACCCAACACAGAAACAGAGAGGAAUAGCACACCCAACACAGAAACAGAGAGGAGUAGCACACCCAACACAGAAACAGAGAGGAGGAGCACACCCAACACAGAGACAGAGAGGAGGAGCACACCCAACACAGAGACAGAGAGGAGUAGCACACCCAACACAGAAACAGAGAGGAGGAGCACACCCAACACAGAAACAGAGAGGAGGAGCACACCCAACACAGAGACAGAGAGGAGUAGCACACCCAACACAGAGACAGAGAGGAGGAGCACACCCAACACAGAAACAGAGAGGAGGAGCACACCCAACACAGAGACAGAGAGGAGGAGCACACCCAACACAGAAACAAAGAGGAGAGCACACCAACACAGAGACAGAGAGGAGUAGCACACCCAACACAGAGACAGAGAGGAGGUAGCACACCCAACACAGAGACGAGGAGGAAGAGCACCACACAGAGAGGAGGAGCACACCCAACACGCAGGAGGGAGCACACAAAACAGAACAGAGAGGAGAGCACACCAACACAAGACAGCAGAGAGAGGAGCACACCCAACACAGAGACAGAGAGGAGGAGCACACCCAACACAGAGACAGAGAGGAGGAGCACACCCAAAACACAGAGGACAGAGAGGAGGAGAGCACACCCAACACAGAGACAGAGAGGACAGAGCCCACCAACAGAACAGAGAGGAGGAGAACACCCAACACAGAGACAGAGAGGGAGGAGCACACCCAACACAGAGACAGAGAGGAGGAGCACACCCAACACAGAGACAAACAGUCCAGUACCACACAGUUUAGAAACCACAGGGAAAGUUCAUUCAGCCAGUCCAUGUGUGGGUAUCCCCAACGGACCUGUCACAAAGACCCAGCCUCAGGCCUGCCUCGGUGCUACAAAGCCCCACGUUGAGGCAUGCAUAUCGGGUGUCCGCUGGCAGGAAGAGCACUUGGGGUGUGUCACCACCAGGAACUCAGCAGAGCCGACUGAACCGUCAGAGACAGUGAACGGGAUCUGUCCAAUCAUAUCGUCCGUGGAGGCUGGACUUCCUUUAGAGGCGGGACUUAAUGUAGAGGUGGGGACUUCCUGAAGAGGCGGGACUUCCUCCCUCGCUAGACACCCGUGUGCCUAUACCUGUUCCCGACCCGUCUCUCUCACCGUCGCGAGACAGGAAGGGGAUCAACCAAACAGAAUCCCAGUUAGCCUCACCUGUCCUACCUACUGGGCUAGAAAGUGGAGGAAUUACAGAGACACAACAACAACAACAACAACAACAACAACAAACACAGAGCUCCAGUUCACGACCCCAGGAAAAGGAUGCCAUUCAAACACAGGGCCUAAUCCCUGAGCUCCAGGACCAGGGGGGCUCUAGCACAGAGACACCCAGAGACAGUGAGCACUCGCCUGGGGAGAAUAAGAGGGAUGAGGCCCGGCUGAGGGAAGGCUCCACCUCCGUAGAGCUCCAGCCUGGUUCUGCUCAUCCCCAGUCUGACACUGAGGGGGGGAUUGAGGAAUGCCUGCCCCCCCACCCCUACUCCCUCCCUCACAUAGACAGACCGCUUUGCUCUGACAGCUUAGGGUCAAAAGACUCAGAACACUCCCAGUUGAAGACCUCAGACAGAGAGUACAGGACAGGCUCAGCCCAUUCCCUGUCCGUAGAGAGAGAGGAGGGGGAGGAGGAGGAGGAGGAAGAGAGGAGGAAGAGGAGGAGGAAGAUAGUCAUGUUUACAGUCAGCAGGAGCAGGCAGUAGAAAGCACAUCCUGUCCUUAUUCAGCACAGUCAAACACUGUUAUAGCAGCAGAGCUCUCUGGCCAUACAGACACUGUUACAGCAGAGCUCUCUGGCCAUACAGACACUGUUAUAGCAGCAGAGCUCUCUGGCCAUACAGACACUGUUAUAGCAGCAGAGCUCUCUGGCCAUACAGACACUGUUACAGCAGAGCUCUCUGGCCAUACAGACACUGUUAUAGACAGCAUGAGCUCUCUGGCCCAUACAGACACUUUUACAGCAGAGCUCUCUGGCCUACAGACACUGUUACAGCAGGCUCUCUGCCAUACAGACACUGUUAUGAAGCGGGCUCUCUGGCCAUACAGACACUGUUACCGCAACGAAGCCUCUCGGCCAUACAGACCACUGUUACAGUCAGAGCUCUCUGGCCAUACAGAACACUGUUACAGCAGAGCUCUCUGGCCACAUACAGACACUGUUAUAGACAGCAUGAGCUCUCUGGCCAUAACGACACUGUUACAGCAGCGCUCUCUGGCCAUACAGACACUGUUACAGCAGAGCUCUCUGGCCCAUACAGACCCUGUUAUAGCCGAGGCUCUUAUGGCCAUACAGACACUGUUACAGCAGAGCUCUCUGGGCCAUGACAGACACUUUAUAGCAGCCAGAGCUCUUGGCCAUACAGACACUGUUACAGCAGAGCUCUCUGGCCAUACAGACACUGUUACAGCAGAGCUCUCUGGCCAUACAGACACUGUUACAGCAGAGCUCUCUGGCCAUACAGACACUGUUAUAGCAGAGCUCUCUGGCCAUACAGACACUGUUAUAGCAGCAGAGCUCUCUGGCCAUACAGACACUGUUAUAGCAGAGCUAACUGACUCUGACCAUAUUGGGCUUCCAAGCACAGAGGAGACGGAGGACGCUAUAGACCCCUUCAGCCCUACAGGAGUCUUCAUAGAGAUCACCAGUGAUCUGCUUGUUGACCUCAGCUCACAGGGUGUGUCUAGUGACAUAGGCCAGGGGUCAACCCUACCUACAGAGACUGAAUCUCUUCAGGGAGACAGCACAGAACCCCCUGCCUUAGAUCAGGUAGCCACGCCACUGAGGAAGAUAGAGAUUACCGUGGGAACAGACUCUACUGUGUGUAAAGAACAGGUCCAGAGCCACCUGAAUGAGCUAGAGAUCCAUCACAGCAUCUCUGGGCCUGAACCCUCUUCCUGCGCCGUGCCACCCUCCAUCCUGUCUCUGUCCUGCCUCUCUGACUCCAACAACAACACCAAGGCCAGUGAAGGGUCGGUGUCGGGGUCGCCCUGUACAAGGGGUCAGGGGCCAGAGCAGUGGUCCUCCAAGGUAGAGGUAGCCCCCCAGAGCAGCUCAGAGGAGGGUGGGGAUAAAACCGAUGAUGAGUCCCCUUCCCUGACCGAGCCCACCACGUUUACCUCUGACCUCCUGGGGGAGACGACAGAGACCCUAGAGAGACACCUAGAAUACCCCCCUGAGGACUCUGAGGAGUUCCUGUCCUACCUGGACUACAAGCCCUACUGGAGCAGUGAGGACUCAGCCGUGUCCGGGUUGGUGGAUGAGUGUCACUUCAGCUUGGCUGAGGUGGAGGAGCUAGAGAGGCUCCAGGGAGAGGGCUACGGGGACGUCCCUUAUCAGAACCAUACAGACACUGCAGUCUGUAGGAGAGAUAUCUCUAACCAUACAGACACUACAGGCUGUAGGAGAGAUAUCUCUAACCAUACAGACACUACAGGCUGUAGGAGAGAUAUCUCUAACCAUACAGACACUACAGGCUGUAGGAGAGAUAUCUCUAACCAUACAGACACUACAGGCUGUAGGGAGGCUGUAGAGGAGUAGUUCAUUCUAAUUGUGUUGCUAACAGUCCUUCAGACCUCUCUGACCACUUAGCUUCCUACCUGGAGACCAGAGGCCUGCUAUUGGACAGUGUGGAGAAAGAGGAGGUGCAGGAGUCCAGCCCCCUCCAAUUCCCGAAUCCUCCCUCAGAGGGAGACAGACAGGACUGUAGCAAAUCACCUGAGGCUUUAGGAUCAGAGGAGGAGUACAGCUCGUACAGCUCCUACCUCCAGACCAGCUCUCACCCUGCCCUCCUGCAGCAGGAUCGUGGGGUGAGGAUUGUGAGGUACCCCUACUCCGACGUCAGUCUCAACCUGCUCUCCCUCAGCAGCCUCGAGCCCAUCCUAGAGGCCGACCCCGACCGCUCCCUGUACAACUCUGGGAUUGUGGAGGAUGAGACUGGAGUAGAGGAGGAGGAGGAGGAGGAGGAGCGAAGACAGAGUGUUAGGAUGAGGCCCACUGAGGAAGACAGGGACAGUGUUGUCCUGUCUAGUGACAUCAUCAUGUCCAACUCCACCGCCAGCCCUAAGAGCCCGUUGUUGUGUUGCCCCGAGGACUCAUCCAGUAUUGAGUCAUCAGAGCACCAGCUGGACUCGUUGACCUUUGACCCCGAUGACCCCAGGGUCAUGGCCUUACCAUACGACAGGGACCAUGCGAGCAGCGAGAGACGCUCCAGUCCAACCCCCACCUCUGUGUCCUACGACUUUGACACCACCAGCACUAACAGUGAGGAGACGGAAGAGUCCAUCCUGCCUGUCUCGGGGGGGAACGCCAACCUCCACAAACCCAUGAAGAGCAAGUCUAAAGGUGGCCAGGCAGGGAGGUCCAAGAGCUCUAAGUUUUCUGUCUUUGCCAAGAUGCCUUCUUUCAGGAAGGGGAAGAGUCUGAAGAAUGCCAAGGGGGAGGGCUUGCCCCGGGACUCACUUGACCUGGGCCUGAGCAGGGAUCUGGGGGGUGGACAGGGGGGAGACACCUCGGACGAUGACAGUGUUUUCUUGAAGGGGGACAUCCAGAACCAGACGGUUCAGCAGUCCUUCUCCUCCGGUCUGGGGGGUCGCUACGAGACAGAGGAGGAGGACUAUGGCUUCUUACCCUCCACACCUCGCACCCGCCACGUCCGCCUGCUCUUCAGGGAGGGGCCUGGGGACACCCCUGACGGGCCCAGCAGCCCAGACACCACCCUGACCUCCCAGCCCGGAGGUCUCAGACACAACCAGACCAGGGCCCCCGAGGGCCUGCACGGCUACAAGAGGAGCAAGAGCUCCGACAGCCUCAACCUCCGCAUGCGCUUCGCCCAGGCCCACAAGUCCCUGUCCAGCCUGUUCGAGUCUCGCUCCAUGGACAAGGAGAACGAGGAGGAGCAGGGGAGCGUUGAGACGGGGAGAGAAGGGGAGGUGGGGCGAGCCAAUCAUUCUUGGAGGAGGCUAAAGAGAGAGAGGGCCAAGGAGGCAGAGCUGCUGAGGAGGACCCUGUCUGUCCCGGUCGGGGGCGGGGGGGAUGGUGGUGUGAGGACGCCCAGACAGAACCACAGUGACUAUGCGUCCUGCUCUGACUCUGCCUCAGUGCUCAGUGUCCCUGGGUCCCCUUCCUCUCUCAGGGCCCUGUGUCUCACCGACCCCCUCACCAAGAGGGGUUUCCAGGACAGUCACAGCGGGGCCGGGGAGAACACCCCACUGGGCUGCAAGUCAGAGGGCCAGAGGAGGAAAGGGAAAGUCCCACCCAACGGCCUGUCAAUCAACUUAACCGACUCCGGACCGCACUCCUCGGACGACUCUGAAGCCCCACCCACAAACGAUUCCAGCCCCCUGUCGCCCAUGAGCCCCGCCUCUCUGGCAGCCCUAGCCAAUCAGCUGUCUUGGUCCAGCUCCAGGUCCCCAGGAGGAGCCUAUGAGAGCACAGUGUCUAGCAUGGCAGCUACACCAGACACCCCAGUGAGACCCAUGAGUCCCAAGCCCCACAGCCCCAGACCGGCUGCCCAACGCAGGCCCUUCCGCUACCCCAAUUCUGCCUCAGCCCGGGCCUCAGCCCUGUCCCUGCUCCUCAUGGCUCAGUCAGCCAGUGUAGAGGGCUUGUCUGACCCACCAGAGAAGCCCAAGACCCUGAAGCCCAGAGCGGGGCCGCUAGGCUCCUCCUCCCUCAGUCCAUUGGAGGACAGCGGAGUAGACAGCCAAUCCCAGAUCAGUCUGCUCACACCUAUGUCAAUCAACCAGUUUGAGGUAAGAAAUAACUAUAUGAUAACAAAGCUAAUAAUGCUUCAUUUUUAUCAUUCGUCUGAAGAAUUGCAUGUGUUAAACAGCCCAAAAAAUGUCAUCUAUUGAACAAAAAUAAACAAUGUAUUCUCAGAUAGACAUCCAUACUGUAGGUGAUGACGCUCACCCGGGGCCGAUCCAUCUUUGAGUAGGUUGUAUGAAAGAACAGUCUUCACUGGGGUCUGCUGAUCCAACGUUUUGUCCCCAUUGUGAUAUAAUGGCCUGACUGUUUGUCUGUUUAACAUCAUGAUAAAGCAGCCUUGUCUACCACUCUAUCAAGACGUAGCGUGGAGGCCAGGCAGGGUGCACCAUGGGAUAAAGUGUUGACUCUGUCUUUCACUGGCCCUGCCUCAGCCUCGGACUGAAUGUAAAUAACAGCCUGGGCCUAGGGCACUUUAUCCGUCUCGCUGUGUGUGUGUGUAUGUGUGUGUGUGUCUGCGUGCGUGCCUGUAAGAGAUUCUAUGUUUGUGUUUGUGUGUGUGUGUUUGUGUUUGUGUGUGCGUGUUCGUUCAGAUGAAAUGCAGAACAAACCCCUCUUUAUCUCCUUCCCCCGCUCCGCUCUCUCCUCUCCUGAAAGAGAGAUGAAGAGGAGUGAAACAGCAGAGUCAGCUCUUUCUUUCCUGCGCUGUGCUCUGUUGUCACUGGCGUGGCGUGGUGCAUUUCAUUUUGUGAGUUAGUAGUCUGCUCCCGUUCCGUCCCACCUGACAGCUCUGAAACAGCCCAGCCAUCCCAGCCUUACACAGCAGGCAGCUGGGAGGGGGACUGUGUGUUCUAGCCCCCCCUAGUGGAGCCUGCAGGAAGCACCUAGCAGGCAGCCAAGCAGGGACACAAAGCUAAACUACAGCAUGAUUACAAGUCAUGUGACUUAGCUCAGUAUUUAUGCACACAGGAAAUAGAAGGAGCUAUUCUAAUCAGUGGAACUACCUGUCAAGGUGCAUCAGUUACAUCAAGCACACCAAUAAGACAAUUUCGUUCACCUGUUACAUCAUAGUUAUCAACCCUCCAUAACAAAUGUUUACGAUCAUGUACCAGUAAGAAUGAUAUGCUGUCAUGUACACAGAUAGAUGGCAUAUUAGUUCCAUAGAGGCCUGGUACUAUAGUCUGGAGUGAAAGUGACAUUGCCAGUCCCAUUAACCAAUUGACUAUGCACCUAAAGACUCAGGGUGGCUGUAGACCCACAAGCCAGGCAGGAGGAGGGAAGAGGCUAGCAGAGCUGAAGUCUCCUGGUUCUGGACUGGUCACUACUGCCUCAGCCCUCAGAACACCAUCAGGCUACAGGCCAAACAUGGAGCGGGACAGGGGUCCGAGAUGCCACCGCUGCUCCUCAGACGACCUGUGGAUCGAAGAGGAGAAGAGACGGAAGCGGAAGCUGGCCCGAGUCGUGAGGGGCAGCCUGGGACAACUCAACACACACUGUCCUGAAAAUCUGGAGAAAGUAAGACUCCACCAUGCUUACCGCUGUAAAACAACUUAGAGCCUAGCACAGAGGGAACCUAUCUCUCUCCUCCUCUUCUCCUCCUCUUCAUCUACGUACUGUCUCAAGGAAGUGUUUUCUCCUCCAUCUUUUCUCUCCUUCGCCAGCUGUCUUCUUCCUGGAGUGUUGGCAUCUCUCCUUUCUUUAAUUUUUUUUCUCUUCCGUUUCCAUUUAGUCUUUUAUGGAUGUGUUUCUCGCUCGCUCCUGUUUCUGUGCCAGUCUCUCUCAGCUCCUACUGUUAGCCUAAACCUGCAUGCACCUUCAGAUCAAUCUGUUCCGGACAAACAUAUUAUUACUAUUGCUAUAGUAUUAUUACAUAUAAUACACAUAUGUUCAUUAUUUCAACAAAAGAAAGGCAGGGUCUUAACAUAACAAGUGAGCAGUAUGCUAAAUCCACAGAUAGAUUUCUAAGAGGUAGGCCUAUGCCUUGGUGGAGCCCCAGUCUUGAUUUUUCCUCCUCCCCACAGGCUCGGGCGCGAGUGUCCCUGUCGACAAUGGAUGCGUUCUCCGGGAUGCCCCUGAAGGCCCACUGCUUCUCCCAGAGCACCCCCAUCGGACUGGACUGUCUGGGCUGGAGACGACGCAUCUCCUACCCCUGUGAGUAGCUCCUACCUCCCUCUACAUCCUCCUACCCCUGAGAGUACUGCAUACUACUGCAUACUGCUGGCUCUCUCACUCUCUUUGCCUGGGUUGGUUCCAAUACUCUAAAAUGGCUUCCUUUCCUCAUGAUGACCACUUACAGUGCUUUCAGAAAGUAUUCAUACAGUGAGGGGAAAAAGUAUUUGAUCCCCUGCUGAUUUUGUACGUUUGCCCACUGACAAAGAAAUGAUCAGUCUAUAAUUUUAAUGGUAGGUUUAUUUGAACAGUGCGAGACAGAAUAACAACAAAAAAAUCCAGACAAACGCAUGUCAAAAAUGUUAUAAAUUUAUUUGCAUUUUAAUGAGGGAAAUACGUAUUUGACCCUCUCUCAAUCAGAAAGAUUUCUGGCUCCCAGGUGUCUUUUAUACAGGUAACGUGCUCCUAAUCUCAGCUUGUUACCUGUAUAAAAGACACCUGUCCACAGAAGCAAUCAAUCAAUCAGAUUCCAAACUCUCCACCAUGGCCAAGACCAAAGAGCUCUCCAAGGAUGUCAGGGACAAGAUUGUAGACCUACACAAGGCUGGAAUGGGCUACAAGACCAUCGCCAAGCAGCUUGGUGAGAAGGUGACAACAGUUGGUAUGAUUAUUUGCAAAUGGAAGAAACACAAAAUAACUGUCAAUCUCCCUCGGCCUGGGGCUCCAUGCGAGAUCUCACCUCGUGGAGUUGCAAUGAUCAUGAGAACGGUGAGGAAUCAGCCCAGAACUACACGGGAGGAUCUUGUCAAUGAUCUCAAGGCAGCUGGGACCAUAGUCACCAAGAAAACAAUUGUUAACACACUACGCCGUGAAGGACUGAAAUCCUGCAGCGCCCGCAAGGUCCCCCUGCUCAAGAAAGCACAUAUACCGGCCCGUCUGAAGUUUGCCAAUGAACAUCUGAAUGAUUCAGAGGAGAACUAGGUGAAAGUGUUGUGGUGAGAUGAGACCAAAAUGGAGCUCUUUGCCAUCAACUCAACUCGCCGUGUUUGGAGGAGGAGGAAUGCUGCCUAUGACCCCAAGAACACCAUCCCCACCGUCAAACAUGGAGGUGGAAACAUUAUGCUUUGGGGGUGUUUUUCUGCUAAGGGGACAGGACAACUUCACCGCAUCAAAGGGACGAUGGACGGGGCCAUGUACCAUCAAAUCUUGGGUGAGAACAUCCUUCCCUCAGCCAGGGCAUUGAAAAUGGGUCGUGGAUGGGUAUUCCAGCAUGACAAUGACCCAAAACACACGGCCAAGGCAACAAAGGAGUGGCUCAAGAAGAGGUACAUUAAGGUCCUGGAGUGGCCUAGCCAGUCUCCAGACCUUAAUCCCAUAGGAAAUCUGUGGAGGGAGCUGAAGGUUCGAGUUGCCAAACGUCAGCCUCGAAACCUUAAUGACUUGGAGAAGAUCUUCAAAGAGGAGUGGGACAAAAUCCCUCCUGAGAUGUGUGCAAACCUGGUGGCCAACUACAAGAAAUGUCUGACCUCUGUGAUUGCCAACAAGGGUUUUGCCACCAAGUACUAAGUCAUGUUUUGCAGAGGGGUCAAAUACUUAUUUCCCUCAUUAAAAUGCAAAUCAAUUUAUAACGUAUAUCUUUUAUACAGGUAACAAGCUGAGAUUAGGAGCAUUCUCUUUAAGAGUGUGCUCCUAAUCUCAGCUCGUUACCUUUAUAAAAGACACAAGGGAGCCAGAAAUCUUUCUGAUUGAGAGGGGGUCAAAUACUUAUUUCCCUUAUUAAAAUGCAAAUCAAUUUAUAACAUUUUUGACAUGCGUUUUUCUGGAUUUUGUUGUUGUUAUUCUGUCUCUCACUGUUCAAAUAAACCUACCAUUAAAAUUAUAGACUGAUAAUUUCUUUGUCAGUGGGCAAACGUACAAAAUCAGCAGGGGAUCAUACUUUUUUCCCUCACUGUACAGAAAUAUAGUGUCUCAUUUCCAUCAGUAUUCACAGCCCUGAGUCAAUACAUGUUACAAUCACCUUUGGCAAUAUUUGCCCAUUUAUUAUUUUCAACAUUUUCCAAGCUCUGUCCAAUUGGUUGUUGAUCAUUGCUAGACAACCAUUUUUAAGUCUUGCCAUAGAUUUUCAAACAGUCAAAAAAACUGUAACUAAGCCACUCAGGAACAUUCACUGUCUUCUUGGUAAGCAACUCCAGUGUAGAUUUGGCCUUGUGUUUUGGCCUUGUGUUUUAGAUUAUUGUCCUGCUGAAAUGUGAAUUCAUCUCCCAGUGUCUGGUGGAAAGCAAACUGAACCAGGUUUUCCUAUAGGAUUUUGCCGGUGCUUAGCUUCAUUCAUAGUUUCUUUUUUAUCCUGAAAAAAUUUCCUUAACGAUUACAAGCAUACCCAUAACACCCACUAUGCUUGAAAAUAUGGAGAGUGGUACUCAGUAAUGUGUUGUAUUGGAUUUGCCCCAAACAUAACACUUUGUAUUCAGGACAAAAUGUUAAUUGCUUUGCCACAUUUUUUGCAGUAUUACUUUAGUGCGAAGAUGCAUGUUUUGGAAUAUUUGUAUUCUGUAAAGGCUUCCUUCUUUUCACUCUGUCAUUUAGGUUAUUUUUGUGGAAUAACUACAAUGUUGUUGAUCCAUCCUCAGUUUUCUCCUAUCAUUGCCAUUAAACUCUGUAACUGUUUUAAAGUCACCAUUGGCCUCAUGAAAUCCCUGAGCGGUUUCCUUCCUCUCUGGCAACUGAGUUAGGAAGGAUGCCUGUAUCUUUGUUGUGACUGGUUGUAUUGAUACAUCAUCCAAAGUGUCAUUAAUAACUUCACCGUGCUCAAAGGGAUAUUCAAUGCCUGGUUUAUUUUGUUUUACCCAUCUACCAAUAGGUGCCCUUCUUUGUGAGGCAUUGGAAUACCUCCCUGGUCUUUGUGGUUGAAUCUGUGUUUGAAAUUCACUGCUCGACUGAGGGACCUUAUGUGGGGUACAGAGAUCAUGUUAAACACUAUUAUUGCACACAGAGUGAGUCCAUGCAACUUAUUAUGUGACUUGUUAAGCACAUUUAUACUCCUGAACUUAUUUAGGGUUGAAUACUUAUUGACUCAAGACAUUUCAGCUUUUCAUUUUUAAUGAAUUUGUAAAAGCCUUCGAAAAACAAUUCCACUUUUACAUUAUGGGGUAUUGUGUGUAGGCCAGUGACAAAAAAAUCUCAAUUUAAUCAAUUUUAAAUUCAGGCUGUAACUCAACAACAUGUGGAACAUUUUAAGGGGUGUGAAUACUUUCUGACGGCACUGUAGUGACUUGAAUCUAAGUCUACGUGGGCUUGGCCCCCAUCUCAAUCUCAGACUCCCAACUCCAAGCAUAAUGUCAGUCCCAGUCUGAGUUUUAGUGCUGCUACUCUAUUUAUUAUCUAUCCUUAUUGCCUAGUCACUUUUACCCCUACCUACAUGUACACGAUAUUACCUCAACUACCUCGUACCCUGCACAUUGACACGGUUCCGGUACUCCUUGUAUAUAGCCCCGUUAUUGUUAUUUUUAGUGUUACUAUUUUCUAUUUUUAUUAGCACAUUUUCUUACUUUUUAGCUCUGCAUUGUUUGGAAAGGGCUUGUAAGUAAUAAUUUCAAGGUAAGUCUACACUUGUUGUAUUCGGUGCAUGUGACAAAUACAAUUUGAUUUGAGUUCCGUGUUUAAAAUAAUGUCCUCACCAAAUCCUGGAUUAGCCCGGUGAUAUCAUGCCAGGCAACAUCUGUUGUGAAACAACAACUUUAUUUUGGAGCUAGGUCUCAGACUAGUCUCUGAGCCAAUUACUAUGGGCUUUUGCAUGGGCAGAGUAUUGUUGUAGUUCUGUAUAUCACCAGCAGGGGGCACCACAUCCGCUGCACAUCAGUGGUCCCACAGUUUGUUGGAGCUUGUAAAGGCAUUGUACUAUUUGCAUUGACAGCCCCACUUUAUCCAUUUGUAUUGACUUCCCUCUGGAUUUGAGCCAGUGUUGUCAUCUGUUUUAAAUCCCGGGCAAUGAGGUUCUCUGGGAACAAUAUAGAAACACUAUGUUUUCCACAGUGAUUAGUCUCUGUAAGGUAUGCUUGGUCAUGAGCUGGUGUCUCCAGACAGAUCUUCUUUUGCAUUAUCUUAUCAGUCCUUUUCUAAAACCAGCCAUCACUUAGUGGGAACACAGAGUGCUCCUGGAAUGUGUGUGUGUGUCAGGCUGUCUGUCAGGCUAUUCUCUCUGUCUGAGAGGCAUGUAGGAGGUGGAAUAUGGUGGGAGGGAAUGAUUUAGGAAAAUAUCAGUGAUUCAUUAUCUAUUCAUUUUAAGCUUUCUUUCAAGGCAAUUUGAUAAAAGAGGGCACUAUGAGUCAGGUCUGACUGUGAGAGUGCCUGGAGUAGCCUAGCCUACUACUGAGGGAAAGGUUAGGGUCACUGAACCAGUUUGAUAUCUCUGGGGUAUGAAAGUGGUGACUGGUGAUGAUGGGUGGACAGCAGGCUAGUGCUGAAAUGAUAUUACCCUGACUCAAUGUCUCUGGGUGGUCAAGCUGCUGUAGUCACACAUGCACACACACACACACACUACACACAGACACACACACACGCACACACACACUACACACAGACACACACACACUACACACAGACACACACACACACACACUACACACAGACACUACACACAGACACACACACACUACACACAGACACACACACACUACACACACACACUACACACAGACACACACACACUACACACACACACGCACACACACACUACACACAGACACACACACACGCAGAGGCAGCAGAUUGCAUGCCACUCAAAGUGAGGUCAGUGCUCUUGCACCAGAUGCCUUCCGUGUAAUUCGAUUCAUUUGAGUUAAUUGAGUUGAAAGAUGUAUCAAAAGACAAGUGUAAUGGCAACCUCUUUAGCUGACUGACUCACAGGGCUGUGGACCAUAGAAAUAGAAUUACUAGAAUGGGAAUUCCCAUUUAAGUCAAUAUGUUGAUGAUGUAAUUCUAUUUCUAUGAUAUACACGGUGCAGUGAGGUAAGCCACUUUUCACCUUCUAACACCAUACUCCUCUACAUUUCUAUUCCAUAUAACAGGGGCAUUCAUUAUAGCCCAUGUAAGGAUGAUUGCAAACUGACAUUAAAGUCGGCAACACACUAAAGGGUUUAUAAGUAGUUUACAGACUGUUAGAUAUUGGUUUUAUUUUUAAAAAACUGUUAUAACUUAAGCCUUCGUAUCCGUCUGUAGUCUUUUUCUAUCCAGUAUACCUAAGAGACUGAGAGAGACUGAGAGAGACAGAGAGAGACAGAGAGAGACAGAGAGAGACAGAGAGAGACAGAGAGAGACAGAGCGAGACAGAGAGAGACAGAGAGAGACAGAGAGAGACAGAGAGAGACUGAGAGAGACAGAGCGAGACAGAGAGAGACUGAGAGAGACUGAGAGAGACUGA